CAAAACAACAGACUAGUUUAUGCAGACUCUGUCAGGUUUCUCAUUCUUCAACAUUAUUAGGUAGAAACCUUUUAUGAAUAACAAAGAGACCAGAUAAGCUGCGUUUCGAGUAUAAAUUUACCAUGGAUCACUCUGAUACUUUAAUUCACUUGUGUUGCCGAGGAAGAGACAGGUUCAUCUCCAGAUAAGAACAACAGCUUGAUUUCUAAACUUCCUACUUUUGGAACUGGGUGUCAUGAAUGUUGAGAUAGAUGACACAGACUUGGCAGCUCAUUAGGUGUUGGCUUAAGCCAGAAGCUUGCUGUAUACAAAGAGGCAGCAUUAGGGGUCAAAAAAUCUACAACUGAGGAAUCAAGAAUAUGGUAGUGGAGAGGCCAGCAAUUAACCAUGAUACCAUACGGCUUUUUUGCAGUGCUUCACAACCUGCUAUCAAACUGUGUCUUGUAGCAGCCUUGCUGUUUAGUGUGAUGUCAAUGGUCAUUCUGUCAUAUUACACAUCGAGCAGUUACUGGCAUGGUUUUGUUCGAGAACCACCGCAACCAUCUUUCCAAUGUCACUCAAUUAAGGAGGGGUUCACAAAAACAAAAGUUGGCAUUAACAAUAUCCAUACAUCAAGUGAAAAACUACGAUUUGAUCCUAAAGUACUGGUGUUUCUUGAAACACAAUAUUCCAGACUGGGUAAACACAUCUGCGAAAUUCUUGAAGCUAGUCGAACCAAGUAUAAAGUAGAGAUUUCAGGGAAAAGUCUUCCUCCUCUGACAAACCAUGACAAAGGAAAGUAUGCUGUUAUUGUAUUUGAAAACUAUGAAAAAUAUCUUGCGAUGAACAAGUGGAAUCGACAUUUACUUGAUAAGUAUUGCAAGGAAUACAAUGCUGGUAUUAUAGGAUUUCUACAUUCUAAAGAGGAGACUUUCAUUGGUGCUCAACUUUCAGGUUUUCCUCUUUUUAUCAGUACUAACCAUCAACUUCAAGACUACUACCUCAACCCCAGCUCCUCAGUCCUCAGAUUAACUCGAGCUGGGGAAGUAUAUUAUGGGGCAUUACCCUCAGGAGACUGGACUGUAUUUAAAACCAAUGACUCCUCUUAUGAGCCUGUAACUUGGUCCAGGCCACAGCAGUUUGCACCAGUCAAUUCUGAUGACCUCAUUCCAUUUCUUACUACUGUAAUUCAGGAUCAUGGACGAUUUGAUGGGAUACAGCGGGUACUGUUCGGUAAUGGCUUUGAAUUUUGGCUGCACAAACUUCUUUUUCUUGAUAGUGUUUCCUGGCUCUCUCAUGGAAAGCUUAGUCUACCCCUCUAUCGAUACCUGCAAGUUGAUAUUGAUGACAUCUUUGUGGGGGAAAAAGGAACUCGAAUGAAGCCAGUAGAUGUACAGGCAUUACUACAUACCCAAGAACAGAUCAACAACUUAGUUCCUGGCUUUCGUUUUAACUUGGGUUUCUCAGGAAAGUUUUAUCAUAGAGGAACUGAGGAGGAAAAUGAAGGAGAUGACAUACUUCUUGCUCAUCAUUCCAAGUUCUGGUGGUUUUGCCACAUGUGGAGCCACACUAAGCCACACCUCUACGAUAACAUUUCUGUCCUAGAAAUGGAGAUGACCAUGAACCUUCAGUUUGCUCAGACCCAUGGUAUCAAAACUGAUUCGGGAUAUUCUGUAGCUCCUCAUCAUUCUGGAAUAUAUCCUGUUCAUGAAAUAUUGUACCAGGCUUGGAAACAUAUAUGGAAUAUUCGUGUUACAGCUACAGAAGAAUAUCCUCAUCUUCGUCCUGCCCGAUAUAGGAGAGGAUUUAUUCACAGAAACAUAAUGGUCCUUCCAAGACAAACAUGUGGUCUGUACACACACAACUUAUUUAUGGAUCGCUAUCCAGGUGGUGCUGACCGUUUAGAUAAAAGUAUUGAAGGAGGGGAUCUGUUUCAUCAGUUUGUAUAUAACCCAAUCAACGUUUUCAUGACACACUUAUCUAAUUAUGGAAAUGACAGACUAGCUCUGUAUACCUUUGAAUCUGUCAUCAAGUUCAUUCAGUGUUGGACAAACUUGCACCUCUCCACUCUUCCUCCUAUCCAGUUGGCAGAGAAGUAUUUCCAGAUGUUUCCAGAAGAAUCAAAUCCUGUAUGGGUGAACCCAUGUCUAGAUAAAAGACACCUAGCUAUUUGGUCAAGUAAAAAGGCAUGUAAUCAGCUUCCCAAGUUUUUAGUCAUUGGACCCCAAAAAACAGGUACCACUGCUCUCUACACUUUUCUGUCAAUGCAUCCUGUCAUUGUUAGUAAUCAUCCAAGUGGUGAAACCUUUGAAGAAGUGCAGUUUUUUAAUGGGAAUAACUACUUUAAAGGAUUGGAUUGGUACAUGAAUUUUUUUCCUAUACCCACAAAUUCCAGUAGCAGUUAUAUGUUUGAAAAGAGUGCAACUUAUUUUGAUGGAGAAUUAGUUCCUGUAAGAGCCCAUGCACUUCUACCUCAUGCCAAAAUUGUUACAAUUCUGAUCAGCCCCAUUAAAAGGGCCUACUCAUGGUACCAGCACAUGAAAGCCCAUGAAGAUCAUGCUGCAGUAAAGUAUGCAUUUUAUGAAGUGGUAACUGCUAGUGACAAUGCACCAAAGAUCCUACGAGACCUGAAAAGUCGCUGCCUAAAUCCAGGGUUGUAUGCCCAACACCUUGAGAGAUGGUUGGCAUUUUACCCUCCUUCUCAGCUAAUGAUAAUUGAUGGUGAGGAAUUGAAAGGUGAUCCUGCGAUUGUUCUAAACAGACUUCAGCAAUUCCUGAAAAUUCCAUCUUUCAUUGAUUUCACCAAUAAACUAAGGUACGUUCCCCAGAAGGGUUUUUACUGUCAAGUUACGCAGCAAAACUCUACAAAGUGUCUUGGUCAUACUAAAGGAAGACACUAUCCACCUGUUGAUCCAUUAGCACAAAAAUUUCUAAAAGCUUUUUAUCUCUCCUCUAACAUUGCCUUAUCUAAACUUCUUACUCGACUGCGACUUCCCAUCCCACAGUGGCUUGAAGAUGAUCUCUCAUGAAACUAGGGAGGAAACAAAAAAGUGCUCAAACACAGUUCUCAGACAGUACCUAAAGCGUGUAGAUGACACAUUCAUGAACUGGACACUUGAAUCAAAUGGGCUCAUUUGCAUGUAGACUGAAGUUAGCAAGUAGCUCCCAUCCAUUCUCUGUGUCAACAUAAGCUUUCUUAGGUACCUUCCCAAGUGAAAGGUGGAUGUUGUUAUCUCUAACAAGCAAUCUCACAUAUUGUUGAGAUUAGAAAUACAGUCAACUUAUGGGCAUCGUUGCUUUUUCAAAAACAUUAUCAGAAAAAGGAAACACCAUUUAAAAGAUUCUUGUAGAAGGCAAACUUUUAUAUUUAUUUUAUUCUUGCACAGUCUUGAAACUGACAGAGAAAUCUACAAAGUGAAAUUAUAUCUGAUUUUCACCCUGCAUGUUGUACAACUUUCUGUAUUUAUUAUGACUUAUCUAACCUAAAGUUGUGUUUGUUUGGUAGAAGUGUGCAUGAGAAACUUGGUGUCAUCUAUAAACAGUGUUGGUCAGACAUAAUGGACUGCUGGUAGUUCGAAAAAUCAUAAUAAACAAUGGGUAACAGUAAAACUGAAUAAAAGAGAAAAGGUAGCUACAGAUGAAAGCCUGAGGUAUAGUGAAUGUGCAUUAGAAUGUUUAAAGUAGAUAGUAGUGCCACUUAAAGAUGUACGUAAGGUUUCCUUGCUUGUUAGUAACCACCCAUCACCUUAAGAAAAGUAUUGAUAUGUGUUGACAGUAAGAACAAAUCAGCUUGAUGUGAAAUAGUUACAUACAACUUUAUUCCUAUGAGGUCAUGAUAAGUAUCUACCAAUAAGUUGUAAUCUUACAGUAAUAAUAAUAAUACAUAAACUUCAUGUGGUAAGUAUUGUUACUUGUAAUGUCAUUAAAGAAAGAAUUAGCUC